GCCGGUAUCGGCUUAGUCAGCCCUUCUCGGCUUCAACUAGCUUAGAGUCUAUGAAUGAACGAACCCGCUGCAAUCCUGAAUAUGCCGCCCUAUUCCAUAAAACGGCUGUGAGGAACAAUUCAUACCAACGGUACUUGUGUUAAAUAACGAGGCCAUAGUCUAACGUAAGUGGGCUUACUGGUUCUACACCGGGGGUUAGGUGUGGGUGUUCCAAGCUGAUCCGUUACGCUGCUUUAUGUUCCUGAAAAUUACCAUUCAUUGACGGUUCUCCCUCGCAUCCUCUGUGCCGUCCGCAUGAAGGUCACUCUCAGAGAAUGGAACGCGGUGGCAACAUGGAGAUGGGAUAUGCCCGAGGACGAGGUGUGUGGGAUAUGUCGGGUUCAUUUCGACGGGACGUGUCCCACGUGUAAAUUCCCAGGAGAUGAUUGUUCGUUAUUAAUUGGAAAAUGCGGGCACUCUUUUCACAUGCACUGUCUCUUGACAUGGAUUGGCCAAGAAUCUUCGAAGGGACUCUGUCCCAUGUGCCGGCAAAAAUUUGACUGGAAACAAGGUGAUGAAUGACACCGUGAUGUUCUUAAUCAGGGCGUUUGGAACAUCGGAAUACUAUUGAGCGUUGGGAAUCACAACAACUUUCAUUAAUGUAAAAACCUUGGCGUAUCAGCCAGCGCCUACAGCCACUGGUGCUUGUAUAUUCAAUUAUGACCGAGCGACCGCGAUAUUGAUUUCUAGAACACCCUUUAUUUCAUUCAGCUCCAUUUAGUCCUUCCUGCCCCUUGCAAAUAAAUGUGUUGUAAUCAUGCCAAGCGCAACUUAACAUUUCAUAUUAGUGAGUGUGUCUCAAGAAUUAUCACUCUAACAGAUUUCUUUUAAGAAUAACAAUGUUCACUCUUCUACAAACUGCAAAGUUAAUACAUUAAUCAUGCUAAGUACACUCUCUCUAGUAAGUGCACUGCAGUAUAA